AUGCAAUGGCGUACGCUCACAUUGUUGCUUAGUGGUCUAGCAGUAAUAUACAUUGCCAUAUUAUCGCAGGACACACCUUAUCUCCAUCCAAAGAUAGUCUACACGUCCAAUUACCCGCCCAUUUUCCCAUUCAAACCCGACAAGCUCGUGCUUACUACAGUGGGUGCUUAUAUCUAUCUAACAGCAUUCAAGUAUGAGGCAACUACACUGGGGAACAGAGGCUCUGUUGUGGGUACAGGCAGACUUAAGCUGGGAGUCAAUGGCACCAUCAAGCAAGUCAAGAAGCCCCUUUCUAAUUUGUUAACAGAGAGAGAUUUACUAGAGACAGAUGGAUGGAUACCCUGUUUUGAGCAUGCAUUAACAGGCCCAGUGUCGAAAGUGUCUAUACGGAACAGCCAUAACCAAGAUGUCCAGACGCAAUUUGCUGUACUGUAUCACCAGAUUGAAGACGAUAACUCGUAUCAUUUUGUGAGGGUUUAUUACACCACUGUCGACGAUGGAAGCCAAGUUACUUUCGAGUACAAGGAUAUCCAAUUACCAGGCACAACGUGGGUAGAUGAAAUCUCUUUGGAGAACAGUUCGUUACUGUAUUCGAGAGAUCCUGACCAGUACGAAUUUCAUAUCAUGACGUUACCGCCAACAUUUAUACAGCCACCACAUACCACCUUGGUCUCGAACUACCCAAUUGAGCACGGAAGACGAGUGGAAGAAUGGUCGCAGCCUUACUCAACAGAGCAAUACGCAACCCUGCUUUCUAGACUGUAUUCACCUGUAAACGAUACAUACAGAGUGUUUACAUUGAGUGUGCACAAAACAUCAGCUACGUUUUAUGUCAACAUCACAAUUGCUGACAAUGCCACUCUCAUGAACGCAGAUAACAAGCCCGUUAAGACAUGGAUACAGCGAGAAAAGGGCAAAUCAGAGUAUCCCGUCUAUAACGAGGAAAGCAUUGAUUACGUCGGAUUCGCAGAUGUCAGCAAUUAUCAAAAUGCAAGACAACAGGUCAGCAAGCUGGAUAUGCCUGAACUGUACUCUUCAGUCUCAGCAGGUGCCAACACAAUUGUGUUUCCGUACAUCAAGAACAAGUUUAUUACUCUGGAUUUCACAGAUCGUAUUGACAUUCUCAUGCGCAUCAAAAAGGAAAAAGAACGCUUGUAUUCCAACAAUGGCAGAAAGAGCUUCCUCAACGAGUAUUACUAUUGGCAAGGAUACGAGACGGUGGAUGCCGAGAUCAGAGGACUUCAAUUGAAUGAUAACGACGACAUGUUGGCACUCUGGACGGAAUUCAACUAUGUCUAUAUUUACACCAGGAAGAAGCAAGAAGUAAAGCCAGAAACAACGCUAGGAAAAAUUGACCGAUGGGUAGAUUACUGGCUAUCUGAAAUGUCAGAGGAAGAAAAAGAAUUACGAGAGGCUUAUUUCCCUGCUCCUUGGCAGCUGGACAUGGCCAUCGCACCCAUCAAGGACGAAUAUGGAAACUCAAAGUCCAUUGGUACAGUGCAGUUUUGGAGGGACAAAGAUGGAGAUCAAGAAGCUCAAUACAUAUUCGUUGCGCUAAAGAAUGGAAAUGUGAAUUCGUAUCGUGUAGACCAGCAUGAACAACAAAAGACGGCUGAUUUCUGGUCUUUUGCUUCUGAGAGGUGGGAUAUGCUCUUUGCCAUGUCCAUGGUCAUAGCCAUUUUUGUAUAUAAUGAAUACCAGCGUCCAUGA